AUGUUUGCGGUUGUUUUUGUGUAUUUAAUCAUUUUUACGACUCUUACAAACUGUCGAUACAACAACAAUAAUAAUAAUAAUGAUGAUAAUGAUGAUUAUUUAACAAAAAUAAUAAAUUCAUUAAACGUGGGAGUUAAAUUGGCAACGAAAUUAAUAAAUUUUGAUGAAAAAAAUGACGUCAUAACUUCAUCCAUUUUAAAUAAAUUAAAUCGAGGUCGUUAUAACAAAUACGUCGAUAACGAAACGGAUAAUAAUAAUAAUAAUAAUAAUAUCAUAAUGAAAUUAUUAUUAAAAUUAUUGGGAUUAAAUUAUUUUAAAGCAGAAGAUUAUGCUUUUGAUGGCGUCAUACUUUUAGCACAAAUGAUAAGUUCAUCUUUGUCCAGUAAUUAUCCUAUUGAAAGACAACAGAGAAGUUGGUCAUCACAUUCGACGAAUGAAUUUUCACCUUUUCGAUACCUGAUAAAACAUCCGAGGGUGAGUUUAAAACAAGAAGAAGAAAGUUCUAGAACAAAAUGUGAGGUUGUGGAUUUAUUAAGUCAAAUGAACGAUCCAAAUUUAAUGGAAAAAUUAUUGGAAGAAGUUAAUGGAAAAUUAAUCGAUCACGAGCGGGAAAAUGUCGAAUGUAUACCAUUACUAAUAUGUAAAAUGUCACCUUUCGUUCGUGGUAUGCAAAAAUCAUUGAAAUUUUUUUUAAAACGUGAACGAUUAGCUGGAAAUGAUGAUAAAACAUGCUGGAGAAGUAAUACUACGAAAAAUGAUUUUUGUCCAGAUGAUGGCGACGAGGAAAUAUGGAAAAAUUCAGGAUCGAACGAUAGAAUAUUUUUUUUCUUACCGAGUUUAAACGAAGUCAUACGUCACGGUGAUGUUUGCGAUGAAAAAUUUCCAAAAUGUUUUUAUUAG